CCCGACGACGGUAUAUAUACUCUGGUGAACCCAACAGGAGCAUAGUCACACUCGGCUUCUUCAAACCAUCCCAUCCUCUCUCAACCAUCAACAAUGGCCUUUAAGUUCGUCGUCUUCUCCUGCCUAUUGGCUUUCGCCCGAGCCAGCGCUCCCGUGGUCGCCGCUCCUUUGGCUGCCGCUCCCGUGGUGGCUGGGCCCGCGCUUGCCAAGCUUGAAGAGUUUGAUCCCGCUCCCCAAUACCGGUUCGGAUACGACGUAGCCGACGCCCUCACCGGCGACUACAAGAGUCAAACUGAGCAGCGCGACGGCGAUCUGGUCCAGGGCUCGUAUUCCCUCGUCGAUCCCGAUGGCACCCGUCGUAUCGUCGACUACUCCGCUGAUUCUAUCAACGGAUUCAAUGCUGUAGUACGUAAAGAGCCCCUUGUGGCUGCCGCGCCCGCUGUAGUCGCUGAACCCGCCGUAGUACCGGCCCGCAUUGCUGCCGCCCCAGUAGUCGCUGCCAAGUACGCCGCCCCCGUCGCCCCAGUGGUCGCCGCCAGGUACGCUGCCGCCCCUGUCGCGCCGGUAGCCGCUCCCCUGAGUUACGCCGCCUACACUGCGCCAGUUGCCAGGGUAGCCGCCUACACUUCGGCCGUGCCUGUUGCCUACUCCGCGCCGGUCGCCAGGGUAGCGUCCCCUCUGUACUCCCCUGUGGCGAGGUUUGCUGCUCCUUACGCCGCCGCCCCCGUUGUUGCUGUUUAAGUCUCAAACAAUUAUGGACUGAUUUUAUUGAUUGAAUGAACAAUAAACUUUUUUAACUGGGAAAAA